AUGAGGAUCAACCCGACCAAAUGUGCGUUUGGAGUAUCAUCAGGACAGUUUUUGGGACAUCUUGUGAGUAAAAGGGGGAUUGAGCCGAACCCAGAGAAGGUCGAAGCCAUCGUGCAAAUGCGCGGCCCAGAGACGAAAGAGGAUAUACAAGUGUUAACCGGUCGUAUCGCCGCAUUGAGUCGCUUUAUUUCUCGGCUAACUGACCGAUGUAAACCCUUCUUCCGUGCAUUAAAAAAUAAGCAAGCCAACUUUUGGGGACCAGAGCAGUCAGAAGCGUUGGCUAAAUUGAAAAAAUACCUAUCCGGCAGACAGUUUCUCUCUGUGCCCCGCGAUGGCGAGCCCCUCUGCGUUUACUUGGCAAUAUCAGAUGUGGCAACCAGCGCCGCUUUGUUCAGGGAAGAGGGAUAUCGGCAAGAACCCAUAGCCUAUACGAGCCGCAGCCUCCUGGAUGUCGAAACAAGGUACUCCUCGUCCGAAAAAGUAAUCCUCGCCCUGGUUACGGCAAAAAGGAAGUUGCGACAAUACUUCGAGGGGCAUAGCAUCACAGUAUACACCAAUUUGCCGAUUCGUGCCAUCCUGUCAAAACCAGACACAUCCGGAAGAAUGGCCAAAUGGGCAAUCAAGCUAAGUGAAUUCGACAUUACAUAUAAGCCAAGGUCGGCGCUCAAGGGUCAGGCGUUAGCAGAUUUCUUGGUUGAGGGUCACUUCCCAGUAUCGAACCCUGAGAUCUCGUGGCAGGACCCAUUUUGGGAGAUGCACGUCGACGGUGCAUCCAAUUUCUCAGGAGCAGGGGCAGGCAUUUUACUUCAAAGUUCCGAGGAUGUCCAGAUCGAGUGCGCGGUUCAUCUCAAUUUUCCGGCAUCAAACAACGUGGCUGAAUAUGAAGCUUUGGUAACGGGCUUAACCCUGGCAAAGAAGCUGCGAAUCCGACGCUUGCUUGUAUAUUCCGACUCACAACUAGUUGUCAACUUGUCUAAUGACGACUACGCCGCCAAGGACAGACGUAUGUCCAGUUACCAAGACUUGGUUCGAGAUUUGAUGCGCGGGUUCGAGCAACUUUCACUGGUCAAAGUACCUCGUGAGAAGAAUUCCCGUGCGGAUGAGUUGGCUAAAGCCGCUUCAGGUUGCACGGAGGUCAUCAACAUCGUUAAGAUCGAGGUGCUCGAAGGACCAAGCAUUGAAGGGAACAAGCCGCGACGACAAGUCAUGGCGGUCGACUUAGUUCCGAAUGACUGGAGAGGUCAAAUUGUGAAUUACCUUGAAUUUGGCAUACAACCAGACGAUCCAAUUGAGGCCAGAAAACUCAGGAUGAAGGCUGUGCGGUACCUAGUUGUCGAGGACGAACUUUUUAAACGCUCAUUUUCCGGACCCCACCUUCGAUGCCUGGGACCUUCUCAAGCAAGACUCGUCCUUGAAGAAAUUCACGAAGGGUCAUGCGGGGCACACCUCGGCGGCAGGACCCUUGCUCAUAAGAUACUCUCUCAAGGAUACUAUUGGCCAUAUCUCUCACGGGAGUUUGAACAAUAUGCCAAGAAAUGCAAGCAAUGCCAACGGCACGCUCCAGUAAGCCAUUCGCCUGCCGAAGAGCUUCAUGCAUUAUCCGGCCCAUGGCCUUUCGCCAGAUGGGGCAUGGAUAUAGUCGGCCCCUUACCAACGGCACCAGGAGGACUCAAGUACGCGCUACUUGCUACUGACUACCACACGAAAUGGGUCGAAGUAGAUUCAUAUGCCACGAUAACGGGAGAGACCGUGGCAACAUUCACAUGGAGGAACAUUAUAUGUCGAUUCGGUAUCCCGCGUUACCCACAGGGUAACGGUCAAGCUGAAAUAACAAAUUGUACUAUUUUUGACGGAGUCAAGCGGCGAUUGGAGCGUAAACGAGGCAAAUGGAGUGAGGAGUUGCAACAUGUUCUUUGGGCCUAUCGCACCACACGUCGGAAGCCAACCGAUGAAACUCCGUAUGCCUUGACUUAUGGUAUGGAGGCUGUCAUCCCUACUGAAAUCAUUCUCCCUACAGUCAGAACUCUUACCGUUGAAAAGGGAGAUAACGAGGAGCAAAUAGUAAGGCACCUGGAUCUUCUCGAUGAAAGGCGAGAAGCCGCCGCCAUUCACCUUGCCAAUUAUCAGAAUCAAGUGGCAAGAUAUUUCAACAAAGGUGUCCGGCCGCGCGCGUUCCGGGUGGGAGAACUUGUUCUGAAAAGGGUGGUCGAGGAUAUCAAAGACCACGGCGCGGGCAAAUUCAAACCUGUUUGGGAAGGGCCUUACGAGAUAACUGAAGUCUACAGCAAGGGGGCAUACCGACUCCGGAAUAUAGACACUGGACGUGCACUACCCCGCCCAUGGAAUGCUAUCUAUUUGAAAAAAUAUUACAGUUAA